UUUGAAUAUUCACCACCUGUAACGCCCGUAACGCUUUCUGCGACUUGAGCUGUCAUCAUGGUAACGCUGCGUUUGGUUGUCAAAACAAAACGAAUCGCAGUCUGCCGCGACGGGGAAAAUUACUAGUUUUCUACAAAAGAAAAGUUUUUCCAGCUGUUUGUACCGAUUGUUUCCAUAAAAAGCUGUUAUCCGUGAUAAUCAAGCAAAAAGGAUUGCUGGACUUGAAGCGCAUACGUUGUAUUUUCGUUGAAUAAAAGAAGAAAAUGUCGCAAGAAGUGGAGGAAACCCUAAAGCGCAUCCAAUCGCACAAAGGCGUCGUAGGAACGAUUGUGGUCAACAAUGAAGGUAUUCCAGUGAAAAGUACCCUCGACAACACGUCCACCGUGCAGUACGCUGGGUUGAUGAGCCAGCUGUCAGACAAGGCCCGGUCGGUGGUCCGUGAUCUGGAUCCGUCGAACGAUCUCUCCUUUCUACGGGUGCGGUCCAAAAAGCACGAAAUCAUGGUCGCUCCCGAUAAGGACUUUCUGCUGAUCGUCAUCCAAAACCCGACGGACUGAGGUACUCGUGCGUGCGCGCGGUGGUGAUGCUGCUACAGCGAGGCAGCGGGCUCGUCUGGCGUAUAUUUUUCCUUCUUUUGUUCUAUUUUAUCGUGUGUGUUGGCAACAACGCUUCAAAUGGCUUGUCUGAGUGUAUGUGCGUCCUAGCCCGGGGACGAUUUAAUUUAAAUGUAGCAAAAGAUGCAUAAUACAGACUCAAUGAAUUGAUAUGUAAUUGUUCCAUAGGAACCAUUCCUUGUCUUAACUAAUUUAUCUGCAUGUUGCUUCACAACUUCGUGAUAAAGUACAUACAACAACACACUAGGCACAACACAAGGUAUGAAGAUGGUUUUCUUAACACAUUUUUAUUAUUCAUAGAUCAUCUAUAAAAGAAAACAAAACGUAAAACAAAA